UGCUCUUACUUUGCCGGUCCUCGCCCUCACAUCUGCAUCUGAUCCACCAUGUUCAUCACGGUAACUAACUAAACCAAACCUAUUUCCUUUGUCGUAGAUAAGAGCCAAAAAUGACCUGAUCACAGUUUUUAAUUAGUGAUGGAUCUGCAUCUGAUAUGUCCCCAUUUUUCUUGUCUUCCGAAACAGAAAAUUCAUGAGGACACUAAAAAAUUUCACAAGCUCAGAACAAGUUACUUGUCGGCUAACUGUCAACUUUUCCAUCAAAUCGUCAACAAAUGGAACUCGUUACCUCAACACAUGAUUGAGGCUCCAUCUGUCGACACAUUCGAAAGUAAGUUGAAUCAACUGAGAUUCCACCAUUGCCAAGACCAAUACAGGCCACCCAGCCUCUUGUCCUUCCCAAGCUGUCAGGGUAAACGGAUCGCUUUAAAAACAUAAAUAGGAAAGCGGAUCUUACUAAGUUGAAAUCUUACAGAGAAAUGCUCAGGAUUUGAUUUAUUCGACUUUCAAACCUUCAUAAAUGAAUAUUACUCAAAGAAUAAGACAACAUUUUAGUUACCAAUUCAUUAUUCAAAGCAAGAAAUAAAUAAGAUCUCGCAUUCUGUGAUAAAACAAAAAGAAACGGUUUACUCGUUUUCCAAAAUUCUCCAUUAUAUGCAAAUAUAAUCCCAGAUAAUCCAACCCAUAUUGGGUGUGAUUCAGUCAAAAUGGAGCAGUUGCACUUAUUUUGUAUAUUUCUCUCAAACUGUGGUUUAGUAUUAUGUUUAACUAUUUUGUUUGUGGUUCCAUUUGUUUCUCUUGGAAUGUAUUUCUCAUGUUUAAGUUUUCGUUAGUUUCGAAGUUUUUCCCCUUCCUAUGCUUCAUUUUGUGGUGCACCAACUUAAUCCAUAACACAUUCAUCCAGGGUUGUACGUUAAUAAUAACUAACCAUCAUUUCAACUUGUUCAUUCUUUAUUUUUAUUUAUUUUCACUUCAUCACUUGAUGGUGUAAUAUUGUGACGUGGUAAACAUAUCUUAUAUCUUAGUUUUCAUUUUCAUGACCAAUACUAUAUAAAUUAUUUACAUUGUUGUCUAUUUUCUAGACUCCAUGAUUGACAGUGAUACUGAUGAAUUUUCAUCACAAUAUGUAUCAUAUACAAUUGUACCUUAUGUCGAACAACAACCCGUAGUUGGCAUUGAGGCUUACUUUCUGAGACAAUUAGCUAAUCCUUUUCGUGUUGCUUGGACUCUUAUCAAGUUAGGCUAUGAACCAUUGGCACCAGUCCAGUUCAGUUCACCUCUUGCUUUAUUUGGUUUAUCAUCUCCAAUUUAUGUUUAUCCAAAUUUCUUCAAGUAUACCUAUCAUUUAAUGAAAACAAUAGGUGUUUGGAAUGUGUUGUCAACAGGAUUGUUUGCAAAUGCUACACAUGAUUUUAUUGUGGAAAUAUUUCGUGCUGCGUUUAGACGAAGAACAAAUAUAUGGAUGCGAACAGAAAAUAAUUUUUACAAUAAGAAACAAAUCGUCAUUCAUCCCACUGUUAGUCAACAAACUAAUAAAGAAUUUCAAGCUGAACGACUUUUAGAAGAGUCAAGACUUCCAGUUUUCUUUGAAAGAUUUACUGAGAUACUAUCACUGAAAUUUUGGGAAGUCUUAGUCAGUCAUCCAUUUUAUGUGAUUACUGUCCGACAGAUUGCAGCUUUGAUUGGUAAAGAAACUCAGUAUACAUUUUUUCCUAUGGCUGUUCGGGCUGUUUACCGUGAAAAUGGUAUUUUAGGAUUUUUCCAGGGUUUUAUACCACGUUUAAUUGGUGAAAUUAUUUUAACAUCUGCUUAUUAUUGUUCUUGUCGUCUGGUCAGAUUAUUAAUAUUUGGAUUAGGUAGAAGAUCUACUGAAAAUAUGAACAUCUUACGUGUGUUAUUAUACUAUACAUUACAUAAUUAUACUUAUCCAUUUGAAUUAACCGGAUGUAUUAUGGCUGUACAUGGUGCAAAUUUAAUUGGUGCUACUGAAUCCAAUUCUUUUCAUAAUUGGUAUGAAUGUCAACGUUAUCUUAGUCAAAAUCAACAAACCAUACGUGGUUGGCGUCCAUUUCUACGAAGUCAUGUUCAAAAAAUUCAUUUACCAAAAUUAAAAAGCUAA